AUGAACCGGAGCACAACGUCACCAGGCGGUUGUACGAGUAAGGUCUCUGGUAUUCUCCAUCAGCACUCCCAUUACCCCGCAUUCACCUCACAUCGAUUUGGUGUGAUUGGCUGUGAUGAUGCUUACGAAGGGCGAAUGUUAGGUGGGGGAUGGCGGAGUCCAUCUUAA